AUGGGUUCCCUUUCGCGUCGUAUGCCCCACUUUUACCAUGUCCAACCGAACCCCGAGGCCUACGGUAAGGUAUAUAACGAGGCCCUGGACCACGUGUAUGGGGACGUGCGUCGGCUUUACUCCGACCCCCACCUUGUGCACACCAAGGCAACCGACGCCAUACUGCGUGACAUUGGGGAUGAAGUGGCCCACCUACGCCUGGACGAACAACUUCUCCAAAACUCUGACCCCUCCUGGCAUGGUAAAUUCCCUGAGCGCGAUCUGGUCACCCAACGACAGGCCCUUCUCAAGGCCACUAAACAUCUU